AUGUGGAAAUGUGGAAGUAUGUCCUCAUUGUCUUAAGUUAUCUAAUAACUCUGGAAGUGUGGAAGUGUGGAAAUGUGGAAAUGUGGAAAUAUGUCUUCCUUAAUUGUCUUUGUCUAAUAACUCUGGAAGUGUGGAAGUGUGGAAUGUGGAAAUGUGGAAAUAUGUCUUCCUUGUCUUAAUUUAUCUUAACUCUGGAAGUGUGGAAGUGUGGAAAUGUGGAAAUGUGGAAAUAUGUCUUCAUUGUCUUAAUUCAUCGAAUAACUCUGGAAGUGUGGAAGUGUGGAAAUGUGGAAAUGUGGAAAUAUGUCUUCAUUGUCUUAAUUCAUCUAAUAACUCUGGAAGUGUGGAAGUGUGGAAAUGUGGAAAUGUGGAAAUGUGGAAAUAUGUCUUCAUUGUCUUUGUCUAAUAACUCUGGAAGUGUGGAAAUGUGGAAAUGUGGAAAUAUGUCUUCCUUGUCUUAAUUUAUCUUAACUCUGGAAGUGUUGAAGUGUGGAAAUGUGGAAAUAUGUCUUCCUUGUCUUAAUUUAUCUUAACUCUGGAAGUGUGGAAGUGUGGAAAUGUGGAAAUAUGUCUUCCUUGUCUUAAUUUAUCUUAACUCUGGAAGUGUGGAAGUGUGGAAAUGUGGAAAUGUGGAAAUGUGGAAAUAUGUCUUCAUUGUCUUCAUUCAUCUAAUAACUCUGGAAGUGUGGAAGUGUGGAAAUGUGGAAAUGUGGAAAUGUGGAAAUAUGUCUUCAUUGUCUUUGUCUAAUAACUCUGGAAGUGUGGAAAUGUGGAAAUGUGGAAAUAUGUCUUCCUUGUCUUAAUUUAUCUUAACUCUGGAAGUGUGGAAGUGUGGAAAUGUGGAAAUAUGUCUUCCUUGUCUUAAUUUAUCUUAACUCUGGAAGUGUGGAAGUGUGGAAAUGUGGAAAUGUGGAAAUGUGGAAAUAUGUCUUCAUUGUCUUCAUUCAUCUAAUAACUCUGGAAGUGUGGAAGUGUGGAAAUGUGGAAAUGUGGAAAUGUGGAAAUAUGUCCUCCUUGUCUUUGUCUAAUAACUCUGGAAGUGUGGAAAUGUGGAAAUAUGUCUUCAAUGUCUUUAUCUAA